GUCUCGUUUCAACGUAACGUAAUUUCUUAUGGUCCUCGAGUAUUUGACAAGCGGCACACAUUCGUCGUCAGUCCGAGAUAAAAUCAAGAUGCAAAGUCGUAGCUGUGGUUGUGCUUUGACUUUCGAUCAGAGACCGGAGGAUUGCGAUUCCAAGAUGGACGAGUCCCACUCGAACGCGAGACAAGCGGCGCCGGAGAACCUAGACGACCCUCCCAACAGCCGUCUUUUCCUGGUGGCCAGUCGCUCCGUCACCGAAGAUGAGCUCCGGGACCGUUUCUCCGUGUUCGGCGACAUCCAGGGCGUGUGGGUCGUCAAAGACAAGCAGACGAAGGAGUCCAAAGGCAUUUGCUACGUCAAGUUCGCCAAAUCGUCUCAGGCCUGCCUGGCCAUGGAGGAAAUGCACGGCAAAGUCCUGCUGGACGGAAACAAACCCAUCAAGGUGUUUAUCGCCCAGUCGCGCUCGUCCUCCAGCCACAGAGACGUGGAGGACGAGGAGCUGACCAGGAUCUUCGUCAUGAUCCCCAAAACCUUCUCAGAGGAAGACCUGAAGAACACUUUUAAGGAGUACGGUGACAUUGAAUAUUGUGUCAUCAUCAAGAACAAGCUGACUGGGGAGAGUAAAGGUUUGGGCUACGUGAGAUACUACAAACCCUCCCAAGCGGCCGUGGCCAUCGAAAACUGUGACAAAGCUUACAGGGCCAUCCUGGCGGAACCUCGCAGCAAAGCCUCGACCACAGAAGAUUACAACAGCAUGGCGGUCAGGAGCGACUACUCGGGCGGCGCGGACUCCAUGAACAUGUACCCCUUCAUCAUGGCUGCGCCAGCGGAGCCCGUCAGCUACAACAUGAUGGACUACCGCGGCGGUAGCGGCGCCGCCGACUUGACCCGUUGCCUGAUGGUGUCGACCCGCGCCGCGCUGUCCCAGGAGCAGAUCUUUGCCCUGUUUGACAUCAUUCCAGGGAUGGAAUACUGCGAGCUGCAACGGGACGCUUACGGGAUGAGUAAAGGUCACGCAAUGAUCCGCUACAGCAACCUGGGAUCAGCACUUUACGCCAAAGACAAACUGAACGGAUUUGAGUAUCCACCAGGAAACAGACUGGUUGUCAGUUUUAUGGACGAUGGAGAAGAUCGCAGCAGUUCCGUAGGUAGGAUGGCCAUGCAGUUUGUGGCCACCCAGAUGAUGUCAUCAGUUUGGAACGGACCCUCCAACAGCCAAGCCAUCAAACCUCCCGUCGCUUCUCACCUGGGAUUCGCCGGGCCGCCGCCCGUGUCCAGAAUCCAGACGGACGUCAGCCUGCCGCCCCCCAAGAAGCUGGCGCCCCCCGACAGCAAGUCCAAGGAGCGCUUGUUUGUGGUCUUCAGCCCCGCCCCCCUGCCCGUGGAUGUGCUGGAGGAUGUUUUCGGACGUUUUGGUUCCCUGAUGGAGGUCCACUUGGUUCCAGGCAGGAAGGUUGGAUACAUGAAGUAUGCAGACAAGCAGUGUGCCGACGACGCCAUGGCGACGCUCCACGGUCACGUGGUCAACGGCGUGAAGAUGAAGGUGAUGCUCGCCGAUCCUCCCAGAGAAGAAUCGCACAAAAGACUUCGCACGUACUAGGAUGCCAGCACGUGACGGGCGACUGUUGUCAUGACAAUACGACCCCCUGACCUGACAGACCCGACGACCAACACGGACGGAGACCUCUUGACACGACCUUUGACAUCUGUCUGACCUUGUACUUCUGCUCGGUGACCUUGCCCUGACCUCUGAUGUAGUGGGUCAGUCCAGUGUUUUUAUUCUUUUACUAUUCAAAAUCAAUUCACAUUUCAAACUGCUGCGAGUUCUUAACAGUGGGAAGAAUUCACAGGAGCAACACAAUACCACAUUUGACUCAUUUACAUGAAACUAAGUUGACUUUAGCUGAUAGAAGCUUUAACUUGAGUCUAAUAAUUGAAUUUUUUACUUUCCUCAAGUAGACGUCUGCUCUCUUUUUAUUUUAGUCGUCCUUGUUUUUUGUAUGUUCAAAUGUGUUCCCACUGUGAUACGCUUCCAAGUAGAAAUAAAAACAAAAACAGGUCA